AAACGCCUCGCGAUGUUUUCUGAUAAAGACUAUAGCUCUGCGAAGAAAAGGGGCUUCGAGUGUCAGAAUCUCAAAAUGGCGGAGGAAAUAUUGGUUAAGUUUUGAAGGAUGUCUUCAAGGUCAGAUGAAAUAGGUCUAGGCCGUUGAUUGGACAUGACCAAAGUUCCUUGGGAACAAGACUUAUAUAAGCUGCAUUUCUUAUCUGUUUCAAGGUCACUUGAAAAAGAACAAGGAAGAAAAUUUUGAAUAUAUCACAAUCUUUAUACAAUAUUUGAACUCUUUAUCUGUCUGGUUAUGACAUUUUCAGUAAUUAAUCUGGGUUCUUAAAUGUUUUUAAGGGCAAAUGAGAAAGAUGAAUGUAAUUAAUGGGAGAAAUUGUGAAAUCGUAAUGUACAUGUGCAAUAAAAAAAAUCUAUAUUUCUUGUCUGAUUUUGAUAGAAAUUUUUGGAAUAGUACCUUGCUGAAAGGUAUUGGUUUUAAUUGGAUUUCAAGGUCAAAUGUAAAUAAACCAAAGUCACUUGGCGAAGAAUUCCGGAAUUCCUUAUUUACAAGAUUCUUGAGUGUAUCUGGUACCAAAUUCCAAAUACAAAUAGAAAUUGUUAUGACCUGGCUCAAAAAUUAAGGUGCGUGUUGAUUUUGAUCUAAGGUUAAGGUCAUUUGUCUGAGAACAGUGUUUGGAAAUGCCGUGAGGAUGUAUCCCACGUUUUGGAAACUUUGGAGAAUAUUAAACUUAAUAUAGUCAGUCUUUAUAUAGAUCAAUGUAAUAUUAAACUAGUCAGUCUUUAUAUAGAUAAAUGUAAUAUUAAACUAGUCAGUCUUUAUAUAGAUAAAUGUAAUAUUAAACUAGUCAGUCUUUAUAUAGAUCAAUGUAAUAUUAAACUAAUCAGUCUUUAUAUAGAUCAAUGUAAUAUUAAACUAGUCAGUCUUUAUAUAGAUCAAUGUAAUAUUAAACUAGUCAGUCUUUAUAUAGAUAAAUGUAAUAUUAAACUAAUCUGUCUUUAUAUAGAUAAAUGUAAUAUUAAACUAGUCAGUCUUUAUAUAGAUAAAUGCAUGUAAUAUUAAACUAGUCAGUCUUUAUAUAGAUAAAUGUAAUAUUAAACUAGUCAGUCUUUAUAUAGAUAAAUGCAUGUAAAUACAAUUUGAAACUGGAUCAGUGCAGUAAAGGUGGAUGGAAGAUUUGAUUACUGUGAUUUCAACUUAAUUGACUAAGAAAGCUCAGAAUAUUGUAAUAUAUAAAUAUAUAGGAAAGGAGAAUUUUUUUUUUAGCUGGGUCGGGAAUUGAACCCAGGACCCCUGAAUUACUAGUCAGAUGCUCUAACCGCUGAGCUAUCCAGGCUGAUAUCCUCAGUCCAUAUAGUCCUAACUACAUUUUUCUCCCUCUUUAAAUUGUCGUCCCCGAAGACACAUUUAACCCAGAUUCUUUUUGCCCCUGGCAGGACUUUCACCUGAAGUACAGGGAUGGUCAAUGGCACCAAAUGUAAUAUGGGAAAAGAGAAAAUUUUAUAGCAGGGCUGGGAACUGAACCAGGGACCCCUGCAUUACUAGUCAGGUGCUCUAACCGAGCUACCCAGGUUGAUAUCCUGGUGACUCAGGUCCAUAUAGUCCUAACUACUACAUUUUAAUAUGUUUAUAGGUUGAGUAUUAUAGUACACCUGUCGAAAUCUAGCAUUCAUUUUCAUGGGUUAAGAGGACAUUUCUUCAAGAGCAGCGUUUUCGUGAUUAUUCCGUCUCUUGCUCUGUACCUCCCGUAUAAUUCAUAAAACAAAAAGCAGUGCAGCAUCAUAAUCAUGAAAAAUAGGAUACAUAACAUCAUAGUAAUUGUCAUCCAUUAAGAAAAGCCUCCAUCACAAGGGCUAGACCCUGCAUAUAGACUCUCCUAUAGGACUUUAGCGUACACCGUAUAGUAUUAUAAGAAAAGCCUCCAUCACAAGGGCUUGACCCUGCAUCCUAUAGGACUCUGGCUUACAGCGUAUAGUACUAUAAUGGGGCUCGUAAAUAUGUGUCCAAGGCACUACUAUGCUUUACAUUACAUGUAAGGAGGUAAAAAAGAAAGAUAAUCUUAAAUUGUGAAUUUAUCUUCCGUACAUGAAUAUUAAGUUUAUUUAUUGAACUUGCUCUAGGUUACCCUAUCCUCGUCCUGGCGUGUCACAUGGGUCUUGUUGAUCCGAUUAGUAUUGAAUUUGUAUCUACACAGUCAGUACAAAUGUGGAAUUUGGUGCAGUUAAGUCCAGCACUCAGCUGGUAUUUAUAUACAUUUUACAAUGUUGACUUUCUGAAUUGUCAUUUUUGUUAACCUUGUGGUCUCCAUUAAAACCACUGGUUACCAAAGUAUUGCCUUCUGUUGACGAGCAGUCGGAACACAUGAAUUACUCUAAGUAAAUAUGUAUGCUUUGCCCCCUGAAACACAGAUGUUAAAUGGUGUUUAUAAGGAUCUUGGAUUGUCCCUAUAUUUAUUGUCAAUAGUACAUGAAUUUUCAUUCUGGGAGUUUCCUUUUAAUCAGUUUUCUUCAUGAAGUCUCUAUUGGGUCAGAUGUUCUGUUUAAACAAGCUGAAUAUCUAGACAUCAAUACUUUUCUUAGUUCUAAACUGUUCAAGACUAGGAGGAUAAUCAUUUAGAAUGGAUUCACCAACAAGGACUGUUGUUAAAAUUUCAGGAAACAUGAAGUUAAUAGGAUAAAUUUAAAUCUUAUUUUGAUUUAAAAGUACAUGGAUAAACUAACACUUGUGUGUUUUUGUGUAUUUUAAUAAUUUAACUAACACCUGUGCGUUUUUUGUGUAUUUUGAUAAUUUAUCUUGUUCAAAGGAAAGCUUUAAAAUCAAAAUGUGUUUUUAUCUGUUUGUAAAGUCAGAUGAUUUUAUUUGGGAUAGUAUACUGAAUUUCUAAUAUUCAUUUCAAUGUCUGAAGUUCAUUUAGCAUCAUAGGUCUGGUAAGGCUAAUUACACUGUUACGUAUGUAAGACGCAUAGUAAACCCUGUUUGACGGGGAAUGAAAUCCGUGACAUGCAGCUUUAACCAAGCCUUUCUCAAUAUUUUGUCCAUGUGGUUAAUUCUUGAUAAAUCAAAAGGCAACAAACUUGUUUUAUCUUUUUAAAUCGAAUCCCUCACUGACGGGUGUAGGUAAUGCGGACACAAUCUCGGUGAAGUUAGAAGAUCUCUUAGACCACAGUAGACAGAGUUGCCCUGCUGAAAGCCUUUGAGAGAAAAAGUGUAUUAUGUGGAUGGAGAUAAUUUUCAAGACAGGUUACUGCUGUGCUUAAGGCUGUGGAAAAUAUGGAAUUAUUUGUGGUUAUAACACGAAGAAUCUACUAAUGAUGAAUCUGUAACUUCACCUAAUCCCAAUUUUCUAUCUAUCUGUCUUUCUCAUUGGAGUGUGGAGGCCAGCACUUGCCCAUUUCAUUGAAGUGUUUUGGCAUUGUUAUCACAAUUAAGGAAUGCAAUCUGGAAAGGAUUUGUGAUAGUAAGCAUGUAAUAAAAAUGAUGAAGUGAGAAUUGAUCACUCAUGGAUUGAUUAAAACGGGUAAGUAUGGAGCGAGAUGAUUCAGAGGAAGCUGAACAAACCAAGCCAGUGCCAUCUAGUGAUGGCACGGAGGACGUUGUCACCAGUCCCAUACAACUGAACGUGGAACUUACUGACGAGGACAAGCACAGGAAUGAGUUAAAUACAACACUGUCUCCAAAGAUUUCUAGACCAAAACUGCCUGAUUUUAAAGAAAAUGGACAGAUUAGAUCGGGUCUGCAUGGAAGAGCUAAAACUGACCCAGGUCAGGGUAGCCACAUCAAGGCCAUUAUUGACCGCACCGUGGAGGACAUCAAGGAACUGAAUCAAGUAGAUUUCACAAAAACAUUUGGCCGCCCGAAAAAAUUUCCGAAACCGUUUGCCCCUAAAUCUCAAUCUACACACACUUCACCGAGAGCCUCCCCAACACCUAACGAGGAAACAGGUCCCUCACCCCUAAACAGAAACCGAAGUCGCAGUCUCAAAGUCCUGACAGACAUUUUGAAGAGUGGUAGAGGUGGAAGUGCUGAGUAUAGAUUAGGAAACAUUCCCCGUAAAAGUGCUGAUGACAGUACAUCUAAGUCAAUCAGUGAUAGUCAGCUGUUACCGCGUAAAACAUCGUCAGUGAAAGAAGAGGACAGUGAGCGAAGAUGUAUAUCAGACGGACAAUUACAAGCUAACAGGGAUGAGAGUAAAAGUGAAAAUUCUAACAGUUUGGGGACUCCCGACAGCGGUGCAACAGACAGUGGCCACGAGAAGGCGAGCUUGGGAACGCCAGAACUCCCUUCACCUGUGGAGGACUCAAAAGCACUUAACAAACGUCGGGGUGAUAUGGCCAAGUUCAGAAGGGCCAAAAGUGAAGCUCGAAAAAUAACCGUGUCAGACGAUGAAGGUGUUGGAAUAUCUGACCAGGAUUUGUCUCAAAGUAGUACCACGUACAAGCCUCACUCAAUAGAUACAAAUUCAAAAUUUUUCACACUGUGGAAAAUCGGGGCACCAAAACGGAGAACUGGUUUAGCAGACAUAGUUAAAAGAGUGCAAUCUACAUAUAGUAAAAGUGCUGAUGAUUCUCAUGGAGAAAAUGCUCUGCCUGGGAUAUGGAAAUUACCCAGAGUAGAGCUUAAACCCAUCCAAGGUGUUCGGAAAUCAUCUAGUCUCCGACAUGUGACACAUCCACCUCAAUCAAAAACCACAUUCCGAGAACCACGAGGAGCCAUGGACUCCAAUGGAUUCGGAAUGUUGGCAAAGACUCCGGAAAAUGAGGAACUGCCGCCUUUUCCAGGGGACUUGGAGUCUAAAACAAGUGAUCUCUCUCUCACAUUUCAGAGUGAAAGUGGAGACGAAGCAUUUCAUGAAUUUGAAGAGGAAGACAUCUCAGAAACUCCAAGCAAUGUGGAAGGUGAUAAACUGACUGAGAAACGGAAGUCGCUGAAGCCCAAAUCUAGAAGUGAUCCCAGUGGUGAUAAGUGUAAGGAUAAUGUGUCUUCUGUCUCUCACAUCACCUCCUCGCAUAGCUCACCUCAUCUAUCCAAAAGUAGUGAAAUGGACCUCCAAGACGCGGAAGAGGCUGGCGAUGAGAAAGAUGAUAAGGAUUUGUCUCUUACUCUCCCCCCUAGUGCACUUACCCCCUCCAGCUCAUUUGAUGAUGGUCCUCUUCAUUUUGAAGUCCCUGAGGACAGUUUUUCUAGUCAGCGCUCAGAAGGGGCAUUAACUCCAGAGCUCGAUAAUUCACAGGACUCGGGAAGGUUUACCUCUGUGUUUGUGAAAGAAAUUGCCCCUCCACCGAAGGAAGACAAUGAAUAUCCAACUGAAAAAAAUUCUUUGAGUGUGUCGUCUAAAAAGAAUAUAGGUCGAAGUGUUAGUUCUGCUAGUGUUCUACAGAGAGAGAGAAAGUUUCCCAGUGUCACGAAGGACGAGGCAAGGAAACACAGCCUAACACAAGAUGACCCUCUCAAGGAGCCCAAACAGGAGUUACUUCCCUUGGCAGACUCCCAAUCACAAUCCACUAGCAUGCCAGCAUUAGCCAAACAACCUUUCAAGGACAAGCGUUACCAUAUAGUGGAGGAACUGUGUAAGAAUGAACAGGAGUACGUAGAUGCUCUCACUGUGCUUAAAGAUAGGUACAUGCUUCCGCUGAAGACGUCUUGUAGUAGCGUGGAUGAGAACCUUGUGGACAAUAUCUUCUACAUGAUUCCAGAAAUCCUCAUGCAUCAUACUGUGUACAGAAACACUCUGGAUCGUGUCUGGACCAACUGGGACUCCGAGACCAGCACCAUGGGCAAUGUUAUAUCUGCCACAUUUUCCAAGCAGACAGUAAUAGACUGCUAUGUAUCAUUUGUGGAGAAUUAUAAGACGUCAGGAAAAGUAAUUGAAAACGCCUUGACAACAAAAUCCUCUGUUCAAAAAUUCAUUGAGCAAUGUCACAAAGAAAGUGGGAACAAACUGUCAAUGAAGGACCUAAUCGUGAGACCCAUACAACGAAUUCCUAGAUAUGAAUUACUUUUACAAAGGUUGAUAGAGCACACCCCUCCAGUUCACCCUGAUUUUCCACUGCUAAAGGAGGCAGAGAAAGUGAUGCAUGACUUUGCCAUCAAACUGGGUACAGUCAACGAAAGCCAACAUGAAGAGGAUCAACAGGCCACACUAAAGAGGCUGGAACUCUUACUGAUAACUGAUCUGGCUGUGCCAGACAGGCAAUACUUAAGACACGAUAUGGUUCAAAUAAUGAGUAAAAAGGACCAAUGGUGUGUGUGGACUUUCUCAGAUCUCAUUAUUAUAAGUAGUCUGAAGAGGAGAAGUGGGCCGGUCACACGCAAGUCCAUUAUCUUAAAAUCUCCUUCUGGCCAGGACUUUGCUGAGAAUAUCAAACACAAAGUAUGGCUAAAGGUUGGCCUAGAUGCUGUAGAAAUUGUAAAAAGCCCCACUAACCUAGCACGACGGAACACCGUGGACCCGGAACAGCUGGAGGAGGACAUUGGCAUACUUAAUGAAAUCACUGACCUCACCGUUCGUCUAAAUUGCCCACAUUCUAGUCUUGAAGAGACGAUCAAAGAUAUGUUAUCAACACUAAAUAAGCAACUCUCAGAGGCGAUGUUACGUAAUCCUACGACAGAGUCUAAUAAAGUGGACGUUCUAGUCACAACACAAGAAGCUAUUUACCCAUUAGAAAUUUUGUUUUGCUCUGGAGAGAAGAGGAUAGCUUGGGAAGCUGCUGUCAGUGAGGCAAAACAGAAACUAGCCCAAAUGUUUGACAAGAGAGCUCCCGAAUUUCUUACACCAUUACCUAUCACAAAGACAAGGGCAGGAAUGCAGUUUUCCUGUGCAGCUCCGAUUGAUGGGGUGAACAACUCGGGUUACCGGGAGGUGUGGGUGUGUAAUAGUGACGGAUAUGUAGGUCACAUGUGUCUCCUCAGCCUUCAACCAGAACCAAUCGUCACCCUCAACACUCCCGUCCCCGGCUGCAAUGCCAGAAUUCUCUGUAUAUGUGCUGUCCCAGCAUACAGUGGGAACUUCCGCAGGAAAAGCAGUGGUAAAAAACACCAACAUCCUGUGGUUUCUCAGCACCCUGUGAUAGCGAGUGUGUCGGAGGACAGUCCACAGAUCAGUGUCAUUGAGGCUGAUGAUGGGACUGAGGAGGAUGAGGAUGAGAAAUCGACUGAGGAAAAGUCUGAAUCUGAAUCAGAGUCCAGUGAUGAUGACACGCCCUUCCCCUGCAUCACAGAAAACAAUGAGGACCCCAUAUCUGUGGAUGAUGAGGAAGGGAAGAUCCCGCCUCCUGCAGAUCCACCUACUCCUGAUCCUAAUCCUAAUCCAGAUCCAGUUAGCAGUAAUCCGGAUCAUAUCACAACUGGCAGCUGGAUUCAGGACUCACUCAAAAGCACCAUGUGGCUGGGCACUGAAGAUGGAUGCAUUCAUGUAUUCCAGUGUACAGAUAAUAUUAAAACUACAAAAAAUAAACUAAAAAUACACCACGAAUCACCUGUAUAUUGUAUAGUAUAUUUAGACAACAAGGUAUUUGCAUCCUUAGCUAACGGAGAUUUAAUAGUGUAUAAAAGGGACACGGAGGGAAUAUGGGAUGCGGAGAACCCCUACACGCGAAGUAUUGGGACAGUCCUGUCUCCUAUAAAUAAGAUGUUAGCAGUGGCCGGUAAACUCUGGUGUGGCUGUCAAAACGUCAUUAAGGUCAUCAACCCCCUCACACUCAGUACAGAGACAUCGUUCCAAGUGACCGCUGACUGUGACCGUUGUGUCCAGUGUCUAGUAUGUUCAGGUCAAGGCGUAUGGAUGGCCAUCCAACAGAGUGCAAAGCUUCUCCUGUACCAUGCCACGUCUUACGAAUUCCUACUGGAAGUCAGUAUAGCCCAGGCAGUGGCCCAAAAACUACAGUCUGCUGAUGACAUAAUACGUCAGCAUAAAGCGGCCUGUUUAAGGAUCACGUCACUGAUGGUGUGUAAGGACCUGUUGUGGGUGGGAACCAGUGCGGGGGUGAUACUGACGAUAACAAUGCCUCGAAUCACCUCGACCACCACCAAGGGCUCCAUCCCGGCCCCAACAGUUACUGGGUUAGUGAAUGGGCAUACAGGACACGUAAGAUUCUUAACCUGUGUAGAAAUGACUCUGACUCCGCCCACAGUGAAAACGGACGGAGAGUACGAAGAAGGCGGCAUUAGUGAAACCAUCGCGUUACAUGACAUACACAGGCGGUCUUCCAUGGCAGCUACAACCACGUUAGCCUCGCGGAUGUUGGUCAUCAGUGGUGGUGACGGGUACGAAGACUUCAGAAAUAACGCCACUAAUGAGGCUGCCGGUCGUGACGACAGCACAAACCAUUUGCUGAUAUGGCAGGUGUGACAAAAGUCAAAAAAUGUUGCUGCUGUUGAGAUAACUGUGUUCUGUGAUUAAAAUAGGAUGUUACUAUGGUAACCGCGGUGUAUUCUGUGCACAAAGUGUCCUGACUUUGUAUAGAGUAUGUGAGAUGUGUUUCAGAGUGUCUGUUAAUUUUUGGAUGUGUAUCUAGAAGAACAUGGAGAAUCCGACAGACGAAGGAGUAAAUGAAAUACAAAAUAUUAUAUCAUUUUCAAUUUGUGAUUAAAUGUCUUUUUUAAGUAAGUAAGAUUGUAUUUUUAGAUAAGUGUCUAUGGAAUUUAUCGAAAUUUUUAACAUAUACCUCUAACGACUGAGUCAUUUGUUGGUGCUAUAUAUAGAGAUUUGCGGUCUUUUGACCGUGGGUUUGAAAUAAGUUUUCUUUUAAUGUUAUUAAUGAAAAUUCUGCUUUUUCCAACUGGUUUGCAGUACAGAGAGAAGCUGCUGUUUUCUUUUAUAGAGAUUCUUUUUAUCAACUAUUUAAUUUUCUGUGCAUUUUAAAAUCUUUAGUUGGGCCCACUUUUAAAAUGUUUUUGUUUAGCCUCUCCCGACUAAGCAGGCAAAAUCGUGCUUGUUAAGAUGUUAUAGUUUACUUUCACAUUGUUUCUUUGGAUGGACUUUAGAAAUCAAGAGUAUGAUGAUACUGAUUUAUACAAAUCUCGGACCCUACAUAAAAAAACGUAACUUUUUAAGUUCAUUUCAGUCUGUUGGGCAAGGGGAGACAAAUAAGUUGUUAAUGUUAGUGUUUGAUUUAUUGCACAUGAAGCCUUUAUCCAGUAUUCAGAAAAGCUUAACUUGGUAUCAUUUAUAUAUAGAGUACACAAGGCAUUAGUGAGAAAAUAUCCCUGUAGCUGGCAUAAAAAUCUCCUGUUAGUGUUGCAAAUCAGUUGAUUCAUAAAUACUGAUAUUUUUUUGUUAUAUUAAAAUCUUUUUAUAUACAUAUUUUAGCAAAUAAGACACAUUUCUGAUAUGCAUAUAUGGGUACCUGCAUACAAAGUUUCAACCAUUGAUAUAAUGAAUUGCAUAAAAUUUUUGCUGAGGUAUUGAAAAUGCUACAGUAUAUUGAAAUAGUUUUAAUCAGUAUUUUGUGAAGAGAAAUGCCUUUCUUUCUUUUUUUUAGUAUCGAUCAAUGCUGACCACUUUAUUAUAUAGAGUCAUUUGUUUGGUGCUAUUAAUAUAAAUCUCCAAUUUAAAGUCCCCUUUUCAUGAAAUAUCUAUUUUUUACAUUUCUUUUUUCUAUUAUUAUAUUUAAGGAGAAAUAACACCAUUAUGGCUGACUUCCUUUUGAAACUUGAAUAUAAAAAUAUGAAUAUCAGCAAUACAUAUAUAUUUGUUUUACCUGUAGCUCAGUAGAUUAAGGUGUUGACUGCUGAUCUCAGUUGCAUGACGGUCAGUUAACUUCGCAUUAACUCGUACGUUCAUAUAGUGUUAACUAGACGUUACUGUCAGUUAAAUUUAACUCGUCUUGGUGCAACUGGGCGCUGUAGAUCUUUGGUUUGGGUAGAGUAGAGGUUUUAAUUUUUUCCAGAUUACUUUCUAAUUAAACUGCAAAUUAUUUUAGAUAAGAUUAAUUUAAAAGUUUUCAAUUUCAAAAUAUUAUUAUGCAUAUCCUCCACGUUCCAGCCGUAUCAGAUUUCUCUGGUGUUAUUCCUCCUUAAAAUGCUGAUUUUAAAAUGGAUAAAUAAAUAAUUUUUUGUGUUGUAUUAAUGACCAAGGUAAAAGAGUAAUUAAAUUGUAUGGCUGCCUCUGGAACUUUAGUUGUUUGAUGUGCGUAAUGCUUGGAAUGGCUGAAAGUGCAGCAUGAUAAAUAUUAACAAUGUACUUUAAUAUAUUGAAUCAAACUUGUACAUGUACCUUCUAUAGUCUAAUAUGUUCUUUCUUUUAUUAUUCUUAGAUACCAGUAGGUUAUAGUGCCCAGGGUAGAGUCAUAUACAGAUUUGCAUUUCGUGCAUCUCAAACAAUGAAAAUAUUAAAAAUGGAUGCUGUGAUAGUCAGUUAUUGCUGUUGAAAUGAAAA